ACUGUUGUAGUACAGUCAGCUCGGGUAUCACCAGCUUUAGCCGAUGUUGCAGGCAUGUAAAAAUUCUCCUUCAUUGCAAAUGCAGGUACAAUGUCAUCCCAGCACCACAUCAACGGAAAACCAAACGCAAGCCUCCAAAUAUUACUUAAGUCUAAUGAUUGUCCAGAUACUUUCUGAAAAGUUUCAGGAGUAUAGACUGAGCAACUUGUACAUAAAAGUUCUGAUUUCAUCAGUUGCCAGAAAUCCUUUUCCAGUCGAGUAAUGUUAUACCAAUUAUAAAAGUGGCGAAGCGAGAUUCCCAAUUGAGGGUUUUGGUUGCAUCUCACAAAUCCCACAGCCCCUUUGAGAGACCAUCCGCAACUCUUUGUAAGUAGUUAAAUGCACCCUCUAGUCGCAUCCUUCGCUCGCGAUUCAAUUGCGUCUGUACGCAUUUAAGGAGAUAAUUGUUUGACACUGUAGAAAUAAGUCAUGUCGUGGGAUUCUGGCCCCCGGAAUAUUCUUCUCUCCCAAUUGCGGCGUAAUCAAAUGGAUUCAAGCACUCAUUGCAGCUUACUUCUUCGUUAUUUAAGGAAUUUCAUACCCUUUUUCAUGUACAUUUGAAACCUUUUCGACCUUUCUUUUUUUUUCCUUUUUCUUCUCUCUGUCGCUCAUUUUGUCAAGCUCUCUCGACAGUUAAGUCGAGGAGCCCCUCAAAACUAAUUUCUUUGCCAUGUCCUCCUUUAUAUUAAUAUUAUGUUUUACUUUAUUCCUAGGUACAAAUGCCAUUCCAUGGCACGCAGCCAAACAAACGGCUACAUAUAAAGCAGAUGAAUGGUCACCCCGACCAACUAAUACGAUCUCAGAGCCACGGGACUUGUUCAAGAGAGGUUCAAUCGAUGUUGAUGUAUGCGGAUGGAUUGGAGGAAACUUAGCCCAGCCAGUGGGUUGUGGAAGUGGAUCGUCAUGUAUUCAUGAUACUUCUUUUGGAUUUGUUGGAUGCUGUCCGACCUCAUCAGCUGGAGCAGACCCCAUUCCUUGCACGGAUGGGUUAUACACGACUUGUGUUGAUCAUAAUAGUGUUGGAUAUACUUCAGAUUCUUUCUUGAUUAAUAAUGGUAUACUAUCAUGGUUCGUAGAAAUGUAUCAAAUAAGAAACAACAAGUUACCUAACACAUUCACAGCCCUGCGAGUUCAAACUGUUACAAAAUCAUUUACCCACAAAAUUAUAUUCAAUUUGGAUGUGGCCCCUCGGCAGGCAAUGUUACAGCAGCUACCACUUUUGCCGGCCAGGCGACGGACCUUAACCUGCAAAUCGUGUAUACCGGAGUGAGCUUUGAUCCAACGAUCACAAUACAAAAUCCCAGUAACUUUGGAGUCGCUACUUCAUUCCCAACUUUCACAACUGGCACUCCAACGCAAUCUACAGCUUCGGAAGUUGCUGGUAAAGGAUCGCUUACACCCACGGUACCUGAAUCACCAACUUCUGCAGUUGAGAUAUCAAAAGGAAGCACAGAUACGAGCGCGAUAAUUGGUGGUACGCUUGGUGCUUUGGUUGUUAUUAUAGGAGCCUGCCUUACAGUUUUCUUUCUUAUUCGCAAAAGAGAAAAUAAAUGGGAAUCAAGAGCGCCUCACGAGGACAGCUCUCCGUAAGUUUUCGUUCAAAUGUCCUACUCUAUCAAAUUUAACUAAAAUUCUUUCCAGAAACUGGCCCUCAAAAGCGGCCUUUGAAUCAGUUCCUAACACAGCACCUUCCCCACAACCCAUUCAUUCUCCAGUACCAUUUACGGAGCACUCACCGCAGCCUCAUGAUCACUACUCUCAAAUGGGGGUUAUCAAUAACCUAGGCUAUGCACCCGCCUUCCAAUUUUCCUCCCAUCGACCCACUACUCCUGCCGGACAUCAUGAACCCGUAGAAGCACCAACGCCUGACCUCUGCCCCCGUAACUUCCACCCUUCAUCUCCUAUGCCUGAUCCAUUCCAACCACCACAUUCCGAAAUACUUCCAGAAUCCUACGAUCCUUCUCGACCACGUGGUCCUCCGUCCUCAGAGCCGUACCACCCAUCACAAUCACCUGAAUCUCAAAAUUGGUCUCCCGAACUUCAACAAUACCACCACCCCUCCUCCCCGGAACCACAACCCCUUCGGCCCCGUCCGUCUCGCUCCCCACCACCCACAAUCACAACCCAAGCUGCGGCACCCACAACAAACCCGUAUAGCCUUCCUCGCACCGCUGACCUCCCGCCCCUUGACAUAAUGGAAGACAUCCAAACGCCCAUCGUCCCGAAACCCGCCCAAGCAAACUGGCACCUCGCCUUAACAGGCGAUCGCCGCACCUACGCACCCGCCGACGGCCUCUCCACUUCAUUCCACCACCACCACGAGCCAGUGCCCGCCAUGCCCGUCCUCUACGCCGACAUAACCAAUGCCAUGGGCGCCGAAUCCAUAUCACCACCAAAAGACUCUUUCCUCAUGCGCCAAAACUCCAAUGCCACCAAACCCGGCAUGCGUCGAAAUUUCUCGCGCAAAGGUCGAGCCGAAAGACAAGGAAUGGAAAUCCAAAAUGACGAAUAUGAAGAUGUAGAAGCGAUGAGCAAUAAUAUUCGACAAUCCGGAUGGGUACCCUCCGGUUUAAGAACAAGAAAUAGUCCAUCUCCGCAUUCGGUGCACAGAAUGCCAAAUCAAUGUUUAGUGGGUAAUAAUGAAGGCGCAGCGCAAAGAUACCAAAUGGCUGAUUUGAGUGGCGAGGAAGUACGUAUUGCGUAUAAUCCUAAUGCGGGUCUGAAUAUGGGACAUGUUGGACCGCCGAGAGUAGUGGGGAUUGGAAGACAGCCGAGUCCGGUUAUAGAUCCUAAUGCUGUGGAAGGAGGUUGGCUUUAACGGGAUUUGUUUUG